CGGCUAUCUCCAGCCGUGCCCCUCGAACAGUCGCCACCCAGAAUGCUGGGCUGGCACGAUGGCGGGAUCUGCAACAGGCAACUGGGUACAUUCAAUCGUGCGCUCACCUGCCACAAAUGGCUGCUGCCUUCGUGAGACCAACCGCCAGCUCACCCCGCCCGACGCCUCGAGCUGUGCAGGUGCAGAUCUGGCUGCGCUGCCACUCACACGUCUGCCGCCGCGCUCCACGGUUCAUCCGACCUGCGUGCCCCGAGGCGCCGCUUUGCUGGGUCGCCUCUUGGAGGACACGCUGAGAGCUGCGCGGUUCGCGGUGGCCGCAGAGCCCAUGGGAUCGUGCGACGUGUGACACAGGGAGGAGCUGACAAGCCCACAACUGGCUCCUGAGACGGCAGGUCGAGCGAGCACUUCCGCGCUGCCCUGCCGACGCGCCCCUGAAGAGCUACACCACCCGCAGCACGGCGGCCGACAGGCCUGCCAGAAUGAUGUUGUAGCAGAAGUUGGCUCGUGCACGCCGCCAGCCACGCGGGCAAGAUAGAGGCGAGGCCACGUCCUCGGAGAAGUCCCCGUAUGCCGUCAGCGUGCCGCAGAAAGAGCCACGGAACUUGUCGCCCAGGCCGAGGAGGCGGCCGCCCAAGGACGGCGCGGCCACGACCCGGACGCAGAGGCCGAACGCGUUUCCUGAGACCGUCGCCCAAUUCACCUCGGCGGAGUCCGCCGCGGAUCCGAGCUCCUCCUCCAGCAGCAUGGCGGCCAGGUCGCCCACGAGGACCGCGAGCCCAACCAAGCACAGCCCCACAGCCAAGGCCACCGCACUCUCGGCGCCGCCGCUGCCCAGGGCACCCGUCUCCGCGCACAGCGUCAGGGCGACGAACGCGACGAGCGAGAGCUGGACCUUGGAGCAAGUGUGGCGGAUCUCCUGCUCGGUGGCGCGCCCUCCUUCCCUGUGGACGCGCUCCGCCAAGCCGACGCUCCGGCAAACCCGCAGGGACGCCAGGUACAGCGCCGGCCCGCCGACGGCGCCACAGAAGAACGUCGCCAGGAGCGGAACGGUGCCCCGGGCGGCGGCCAGCUGCUCCGCGAGGCCGCAGAAGCUGGUGAGGCAGGCGACGAAGCCGCCCUUGAAGGCCGCCGCCACGCGCACCGCGCUGGGCGUGGCGGGCGACGGCCGCCGCACGCGGCCCAGGCCGCGGAGGCCGCCCAGGCGCACGGCCGUCCGCAGCACGGCCCAGCGGGCUCUGGCGGGCGCCUUCCCCCCAGGCUUGCGCGGAGAGCCCUCGGGCCCGCCGCCGCCAGAGGCGUUGGCAUCGCAAGAUGCGCCCUGGCCUCCUGCGCCUCUCGCCCUCUCGCUGGCCGGCUCCUCCGCCUCCAGCAGCGCCGCGGAGGCGCCCGCGAGUACGGCCCCGGUGGCGUUCAGCAGCAGGCCCGCGGCGUCCACCCCGGCGAGGGCGGCUGGUCCAGGCGGCAGCAGCGCCGCCGCCCGCGGCGUCCAGGAGUGGUUCAGCGCGUCGGCCGCGAAGCCCCAGAGCAGCACGUGCAGCAUGGCCUCGGGAUCCUUGCGCAGCCUGGCGGCGUAGCGCUCGGCCACGCCGACGUCCAGCAGCCGCCACGGCAAGGCCACCGCGAGGCUCCACGGGCCCCAGCCCUCCGAGGCGCCCUGCUGCGGGCUGGGAAGGAGGCCCAUCGGCGCGGGCUCGGAAAGAGCUGUGUACAAGGCCGCAGAAGCCCAAAACGGCUUGAACCAAACUGGCU